CUCUCCCACUUCGCGGAUGAGUUGUUUACUGAGAGACCAAUGGCCGCGAAUGUAGGAGCAGCGAGGCAGGCUGCCGCGGCUGACGGCAGUGCAGCAAAGCCUGGUGGGACCUCCGCAUCAGCAGACGGGGUUUCGGCUGGCGCAGCUGCUGGCACUGCAACCAAGAAGAAGACGGCGAAGCCUCCGCGGACCUACAACAGAAAAGCAUCUUCGACGCGGAUUGAUGGGCGGUUGGCAUCUGCAGCCCGGAAAACCGCAGAUGCGGCGCUGCGUGUGGGUCGGAGAUCCAUGGAGGUGGCCACCACGGCUGGGCAGGCGCUGCUGGUCGCUGCCACCGGAAACUGGACGAAGGAGCAAAUUUCGGAGGAGGCCGAGACGGAUGAGGGCCCGGACCUGUUUGCGCGGUGGCGGCCUGGCGCCGUCACAGGUGAGGAGCUGGCCUUGCCGCUGCAGCCCGUGACGGUAAGUGGGGGCACCGCUCCCUUUUACUUCGUUCGGUAUCGCGACCCACCGACAUCGGUUUCAAGCGCCAACUUCUGGAUCGCAAAAAACGCCUUGCACGCGAUGGAUGAGGUGGACUUUUACGAUGCGCUACGGAGUUUCCUCCUGGACCCCCAGAAGCGCCGCGGCACCGCCGGCGACCACCUACGCACGUCGGAGUUUUUGCACCGCGCGUUUCUCUCCUGUCCCGGCCUGCUGCGGCUUCCGACCGCAGUGAAGGGUGGACGGUCCACUCCUGGAAAUAACGACCCCGAACUCCCAGUGCUGAUGCUGGAGAACAUGUUUUCGCAGUUCCACAAGUUGCGGUUCAUGGACGUGAAGUUGGGUAAGCAGACCGCCGUCGCGGACUGGAAGGGCAAGAGCGCCUUCCGCGCGUGGCGCAACCAGAUGGUGGACGCGCACACUAAUUCGGCGAUCGAGGGCUACCGCCUGGAGGGCAUGGAACAGGAGCCGCAGUCGGAGGUCGAGCACCUCCUGCAGGCGCACUCCUCCUUCGUGACCACCGCGUUACUCAAGCCGAAGCGCCUCCGUCGCAUGCUGUUCCAAAGUCUGGACGCCGCCGGGUUCCUCAACCUGCUGCUCGAGACGCGCGACGUGGAGCUGGUUCAGGAAGAAGAACAGGCGGCUGCAGCGAAUGAUUUGUUGACGAACAAAGUAGACGAGAGUCCGGCUCCGGAGCGAGCGGAGCAGAGCAUAGGAAAUGCUGAUGCAGGACCUCCCGUGCUCUCGUCGCCGAGUGCUGUAGUUGUUCCCACAUCUGCGCGUGAUGCUGAAGAGUCCGGAGCCGCUGUCGAACCUCCAGUCUCUUCCACGGAGGGCGUGCACACCGCCAUUCCACCGGGAAGCACAGCAGGCAAUUUUGGAAAAAUAGGGGCAACCGGCGGAACCAAAACACUUGUGCAAGGGGCGAACGAAAAGGACUUCUUGUCCACCGACGAGGAGGAGGAGCUGGACGCCAUCGAGGAAACCGACGAGCAGAUGCAUCACCCGCACAGUGGGUUCUUUCCCACGAAGCGCCGGCGCGUGCCGGGCACGCAACACGCGCUCGACGACACCGACCGGCCCUCGGACGAGGAGGCCGCGGACGAGGAAAGCAUGUACGAACCGCUGGACGGGGAGCAGGACGGAACGGCGUGGCGUGCUUCCCACGUCCGCGAAUUGUAUGUGGAGCGCGUCCUGCGCCGGCUGCUCGUACAACUGAUGGAAACGCUCCGGGCGGUCCGCCGUCUGCCCGCUCCGCAGCAGUGGAUCGGCAGUAGUGUGGGGUUGGGGUUCGACCUGGAGGGCGUCUCCGAGCGCGCGAUUCUGGAGGACCCGGUGAUUAGCAAUCCGCGCCGCGACGACGCCGGCAUCCGCGUUCUCGUGAAAAUCUUCGACUGGGGGCGGUCCGAAUUUAACACCGUCGACGUGAUGAACAGCCUCGGGGCGGAAGACCGGGAGAGCCGCCUCCUGUAUUGGCGGUACUACCUGCAGGCCCUGGCCCGGCUGUGCUUCGAGUUGUCCCGACACUACUUGCACCGGUUCGGGCACAAAAACUUCCUGUUGAUCGAGCUCGUCAGCCUGCACGCCAUGGUCCCGGAGAAGGUGCAUCGGUUUGCCAUCUUGGACCUGUCGCAGCUGCAGGCGGAAGGCGAGAGGUGUGAGGUGAAUCUGCUGCGUUUCUCCGCGUCGGCUACUAGUACUGCUGCAACCUCCACAAAAAAGCCGGCGGCGAGCGCUGACACGGUGGUGGUGCUGCAGUUUCACACCUGCGUCCCGAAGCGCCGGGUCGCGUUUGAAGUGUUGAAACUUGCAACGGACGUGUCCAGGUUCCGGGCCGCCGACUACCAGCUGCAGUUUCUGACUUUCGAAGACCGCGAGUCGGCGGACCGCUACGCGCGGAAACGACCGGACGAGCACACCGAGAUGCGGGGCCGUGUCUCCUCCCAAUUACUCGCCGGAAAAGUGAGUGUGCCGCCCACGCUGGGUCGAAAAUACGAAUUUUGCUUUCCGGAAGACCACCUGAAUGCCAUUCAGGACAUGCGCAAGAGCGCCUCACGCGGAACGAAGAAGAACGCGGCCGAAGGCGAACAGUCGGCGGUUGGAGAUCGCUCAACCAAUGAUCUCUCAAAGGUUGUGAUCGGAAUCGAUAGUACUAGUCAAAAAGUUGAACAAAAUGCAACCGAGUCUUCACUAGCAGUUCCAGGAGUUGUUGGUCCUCAGGUAGCGGGUGAUGAAAGUGGCGAUGACAAUCUGUUGACGGGCGGGGUUUCUGAUCACGAAGAGCAGGGCGCUUCCGACGUCGAAUUGGCGGACCAGGGCCAGGAACCCGGGCAGCCGGGGCAGGCCGACGCGGCAGAAGAAAUAGAAGAGAACCCCGCUGACGGUGCAUCGGACGCGGGACUCGCAGCGUCACAGGCGAGUGGUGCUGAGGAAGUAGAGGCGCCUGCCGUGCCCGGCGCGUCCGACUUUGAAGGCGAACACAGUAUGAUGGAGCCGUCGCUAACGCAAAUUGUGGCGAGCAUUGUCGUCUCGAGAAAAAGCCCCGACGAGAUGAACGAUAGCAAUGCAGCCCUACUGGGGCGGCUUGCCGCUUCCUCUCCGUUUGCAACCUACCUUCACGAAAAGCUCACUGCAGAGGAGGAAGAUGAAGACUGCGCCAUAUUCUACAAGGUGCUUUCUGCGUACCGCAACAAGAAACGACGCUUGGCUGGGCCUGCGCACAAAGUGCCAGUGGAUCAGACGAGGAAGGUCCUUGCUAGCCGCGGUAACAACAACAAAAACCUCCUCGCGAGUCCGCUAGUCUCUGCGGUUCUGCUCGCGGAAUCAUCUCCCGAUGACGACGAAAACUCGGAGGAAAGCAUUUGCUCCCCGGCGUCCGAAAUGCAAACAAGAUCGUCCACGUCCCCAUUUCUCCACGAGGUCACCCACCAGAGUCCCUGGCGCACGCGAUUGGUAGAAUACUGUGCGAGCAGUGAAGAAAAUUUGCUGCCUUUCGAGAUAGCGGAGGCAUCCACAGUACCGGAAGCGUCCAAAAACACGCUCGUUGUCCCAGUACCUGAAACAGUAGUGGAAGUGGACGUCGGGAUGCUGCAGACAAAAGAAAUAGUCCUUGAGCAGGGCUCAGGUCCUUUCGAGGGGAACAGUAAAACGACCAGGUCGACGUACCGCACGCCACUAGCGUCUGCUCUGCCACCCAGUCGACCCGUGCAACUGCUUCCAGGGCGGAACACGCCACUGUGCAACAACCAGGCCGACAAGAGCAAUGCAAAAAGCAAGACGUGCUCGUCCGAAGCAAUUCGUGUAGUCGAAAAUCUGAGCUGCAAAGAAAUACUGUGCGAGAGCACUAAAGAGCCACCACUGGGACGAGAUCUCUGUCGCGAGACAGCAAGUAAACCGCAGAUCAGCGACCGCCGGUUUCUCUAUUAUGAGACGGAGGGGACUACGGAAGAACAGCAACAGCGAGCCACGACGGGCAGCUCGAAGAACAAGUUGAACAUUCGCAAGUUUGAAUUCGUGUGCAUUCCGCGAACCUCGGUCGUGCUGGAGCAGUUACUGGGUUUGGACUACGCUGACGUGUUCGCGGCCUUCCGGCGGGACACGACCCAAGAAACUUCAAGCGGAGCGGACAAAAAACCUGCUGCUGCUGAUGCAGCGCCACAGCCUGGGGAGUACCGCGCUCAGGGGGAUCGCGAGGACGAUCACGAGGAGUAUCUUUCGAAAAUUUUGCCAACGCCCUUUCUCGCACCCGACAGCAGUUUGAUCAAGAAGGCGAAUUACGUCUCCGAGAAGAUCGUGGACUUUCCGGACGGGUUCCUGUUUCACGGGCUCAAUCCCCCACCGGAGUAUACGCACUUUCAACCCGUGAAAACCGCGACGCGCAAGAAAAAAGGCUGUUGCUAG